AAGUCGCGCGGUGGCAGAUUUCCGUGUGGGUGACGGCGAAAGAGGUGGUGAGCGGUUCAUUGUAUGUGAAUUAUAUGAAUUCAAACGGCACCGGAACUCGUCCGUAAUCCAGCCAAUUUUAUUUGGAGAUGCACUUUGGAGAAAUAAGCGUCUAAAUCUCGGAGCCUAUUUUUUAUUUAUUUUUUCCUUCCUUCAAACAUGAUCGCUUUGCUGACUCUGACUCUGCUCGUCAAAAGCGUUUUGGCGUCGCCGGUGACUCCGCGCGUGCUUGAGAAUGACGACGUCAAGGUGAUGAAAUGCGUGGCGGAGGCGCUGGCGGAUGUGCUGUCCAGGCCACGCCCACUUCCGGUCAGCCAGCAAUGUCUGCAGACGCUCAGGACAGACGAGCGCCUCCUGACGCUCCUUCGCCGCUACGAUUUCCUGAAGGAGCUGCAAGACGUCGCCACCCAGGUUUCCCAUCCCCUCCCCCGAGAAGAUGGCUCCAUGCUGAACGCGCUCGGAGGCCCCGGCGAGCGCUCCGUCCUGUCGCGAGAGGAAGAGGAGCACGAGGGCGAGGAGGGAGGAGAAGUUGGCAGAAUUUGGACGGCCGGCGAGAAGAGGGAGGAGGACGGCGAACGUGCGGAAGAGGACGAAAAAGCAUGGGGGCCAGAAGAAAUAAGACGAAAUGGAUCCAAAGAGGAGGAGGACAAGAGAUCGGAGGAGGAGGAGGGGAUGAAGAAAAGGAGCAAAGGGUCGCCGCUGAGGAAGAAAUCAGAAAAUGAGGAGGGGGAGGAAGGUUCCCAUCAUUCGAAGGAGGUCUCGGAGGAAAAGGAGGAGGUGAAGAAGAGGAACCGCACUCCGGAGGAGAAGGAGCUGCAGAUGAUCGCUCGGAGGACGCCGGGCGAGGAGGACGGGAGCGCCGGAAGAAAGGCGGAGGACGGCGAGGUGGAGAACCUGGCCGCCAUCAAGUCCGAGCUGGAGAACGUGGCCCAGAAACUCCAACAGCUGCGACGAGGCUGAGCCGCCGGCGCCGUCCACGUUCUGGAAACUUCUUCUCCCCCCCCCCCCCAACAAAAAAAAAAGUUUCAAAAGGCAAGCACGCGCUCGUUCCUGUGACCUCAUCGCUUCCUUUGUGCCCCGGCACACUUUUGGCAUAGUAAGGACUUCUAUUGGGUUUUAUUGUCUUUGUCGUUCACUUUUCUUUACAUAUUUUGUCCGUGAUUUGAAUUGAUGUCUGAGAAGGUGAAUGAGGCAAAAGUGCACAUUUUUUUUUAUCCAUUUUGAAGGCAUUGAAUUGUAAAAUGAGACUAACUGUUUUUAAAUUAUAUUCAUCUGAGUGGCUGCGAAGUAAUAUUUGCAUAAAAGGAAUUCUUGCAAUAAAAUGGACAUGCUAACACUGUCAA